AUGGCGGUCGUCCCGAAUGCAUUUCCUUCACUUGUUGAGAUUGUUAAAACUUGUGAAGAGAAAUUGCGAAAAAUUUUCACCCUCUGGAAAGAAAUGGGAGUCGAAGGAGAGCUUUUAACGCAGCGACAGGAUACGUUGUCCUGGCAUUUGGGCCGUCUUCUGGAUGAUAUGUUCGAAGAAGAGACUUCUACAAGAGCUGCCCUUUUAGAGGCUAUAAAAAUUAGUGAAUUUGAUAUUGGUUUGGUGGAGGAGAAAAGUCCUGAUUCCACUUCACUGCCCCUUCUCCUUCGCGAGCGUGCACUAUAUAAUGAGUACAAGUCCUUGUGUCUCAAAGCAUCUGAGAAUAUGAAUACAUUUGAGCUCCUCUCUCGUGAUCAAGAAAAUCUUUGCCAUAGACUUGGCAAGUCUCCCAUUACUGUGUCCUUUAAGAAAGCCCCGUCGACUACUCAGCUCACUAACCUUCGAGCGAACAUUAAGAUGUUAGAAGAAGAAAAGAAUGCGCUUGUUAAUGACCUCAGUCAUAUCAGGGAUGAUAUACUAGCUAUGGCCUCCUCACUAGGUCCUAUGAUCGUAGAGGAUACCCUCCUCACAAACAUAGCUUCCAUUCAAAAUAUCGACCUAGAGACGACGCCACUUAGUGAGGCUUUUUUUGCUGGCUUGAAAGACUGUCAGCGCGCGCUAAAGGAGAAGGUCUCUUGCGCUGAAGAGGAAUAUGAUCAAAACACUUCUCGGAUAGCUGAAAUGCAGCGUCGUAUGAGUAUGCACAUUAUAUCUCUCGAUGAUAUUGCACGCGGGAAACUGUUCGAAGUUUUGGAGAAGACCAGAGUAGGUCUUAAAGAACUGGAGUCUUUGCGCCGUGAGAACUUAAAAACUCUUUUACAGGCUGCACACGAAGAACUUAUUCAGUUACAGGAGGCCUGUUUUCUCCCCAACAAUACCAACUUUUCAUCUGACUUGAUUGAUUUGAAUCCAUCUGAAGACCUCCUUAACAAACUAGAAGCCGAAGUCCGAGCACUGAAUGACUACAAAUCGGAGAAGUCGUCCAUUAUAUCUGCGUUCAGGAAGUGGCAGACCAAUUUCGUUCGACUUACCGAGGCUAAGGUAAAUUAUAAUCUAACACUAAAAUAG